GCUCCUGUCAGGGGGGCAGCAGGUCCGGAGCGGCCGGUCCUCCCCUUCCCCCGACCCCAGCCCUAGCCGCAGUGGAGCCGGAGCGCGCGGGUGCGCCCCACCACCGCCGUCACCAUGGUGCUGUUGGCAGCAGCGGUCUGUACAAAAGCAGGAAAAGCUAUUGUUUCUCGACAGUUUGUAGAGAUGACUCGAACUCGGAUUGAGGGCUUGUUAGCAGCUUUUCCAAAGCUCAUGAACACUGGAAAACAACAUACAUUUGUGGAAACAGAGAGUGUCAGAUAUGUUUAUCAGCCUAUGGAGAAAUUGUACAUGGUACUGAUCACUACCAAAAACAGCAACAUAUUAGAAGAUCUGGAGACCCUAAGGCUCUUCUCAAGAGUGAUUCCUGAAUAUUGCCGAGCCUUAGAAGAGAAUGAAAUAUCUGAGCACUGUUUUGAUUUGAUUUUUGCAUUUGAUGAAAUUGUUGCCUUGGGAUACCGGGAGAAUGUUAACCUGGCACAGAUCAGAACCUUCACAGAAAUGGAUUCCCAUGAGGAGAAGGUGUUCAGAGCAGUCAGAGAGACUCAAGAGCGUGAAGCCAAGGCUGAGAUGCGGCGUAAAGCAAAAGAAUUACAGCAGGCCCGAAGAGAUGCAGAGAGACAGGGCAAAAAAGCACCAGGAUUUGGGGGCUUUGGAAGCUCCACAGUGUCUGGAGGCAGCACAACUUCUAUGAUCACAGAGACCAUCAUUGAUACUGAUAAACCAAAAGUGGCACCUGCACCAGCCAGACCUUCAGGCCCUAGCAAAGCUCUGAAACUGGGAGCCAAAGGAAAGGAAGUAGAUAACUUCGUUGACAAAUUGAAAUCUGAAGGUGAAAAUAUCAUAUCCUCCAAUAUGGGCAAGCGUACCUCUGAAGCAACCAAAGUGCAUGCUCCACCCAUUAAUAUGGAGAGUGUGCACAUGAAGAUUGAGGAAAAGAUCACAUUAACCUGUGGCCGAGAUGGAGGGUUACAGAACAUGGAGCUGCAUGGCAUGAUCAUGCUUAGGAUCUCAGAUGAUAAAUUUGGCCGAAUUCGUCUUCAUGUGGAAAAUGAAGACAAGAAAGGAGUACAGCUACAGACCCAUCCAAAUGUGGAUAAAAAACUUUUCACUGCAGAAUCUCUAAUUGGUUUGAAGAAUCCAGAGAAGUCAUUUCCAGUCAACAGUGAUGUAGGGGUGCUAAAGUGGAGACUACAGACCACAGAGGAAUCUUUUAUUCCACUGACAAUUAAUUGCUGGCCCUCAGAAAGUGGAAAUGGUUGUGAUGUCAACAUAGAAUAUGAGCUACAAGAAGAUAAUUUAGAACUGAAUGAUGUGAUUAUCACCAUUCCACUCCCAUCUGGUGUUGGCGCUCCAGUGAUUGGUGAGAUUGAUGGCGAGUAUCGACAUGACAGUCGACGAAAUACCUUGGAGUGGUGCCUGCCAGUGAUUGAUGCCAAAAAUAAGAGUGGCAGCCUUGAGUUCAGCAUUGCUGGGCAGCCCAAUGACUUCUUCCCUGUUCAAGUCUCCUUCAUCUCCAAAAAAAAUUACUGUAACAUACAGGUUACCAAAGUGACCCAGGUAGAUGGAAACAGCCCUGUAAGGUUUUCCACAGAGACCACUUUCCUAGUGGAUAAGUAUGAAAUUCUGUAAUACCAAGAAGAAGGAACCGAAAAGGAAAAUUUUCAAAUAAAGAAGAAGCCAACAGUGGCUGAAGAGUUUUUUCCAAACCCACAAGCCAUUGGAGACCCUUUUUUUUUCAAACACAGUGCACGAUUCUCUGAGCGCAAGGACCCUCAACUCACCCUCAGUGUUUCAGUGUCACAGAGACGUUCUUUGGCAAAGCAAUGACACACCAUAAAGGGAAAGGCUGCUGAUUUCUUUGGCAGAUUUACUGGCCAGCAGGAAAGCAAGCUCUCCAGAGAAUGCCCCCAGUUAAACAUUCUCUCCCUUUGCCUAAGUUGUUCUUUUAUUUGAAUCCUUAAAUAUAUUAUAUUUCAUACUUUGUUUUUAAAAAGUAUUCUCUGCGGAAGAUUUUAAUCUUUCACACUUCUUUACCUUCAGUUUUUUUCUUUUGUAUAUCCAGUCAAGCCCUGGGAUCAUCUGCAUAUAGGCAUUGUAUUUGGCACUCCCGUAACAGGUUGAUCUAAUCCAACCUCGAUUUUUGGACUAUACAAGUGAACUGCUUGAGAGGUAUGAGGUCUACACAUUAAAAGAUAAGGUUGUCUUAUGUUGUUUUCCUAUAUCUAUUCAUCCCUCCAUUCCUUUGCCAAGCUGUUUUCCUUUCAGGCUUGUCACUCUGCUUUAGAACACUACUAUGAAUCGUAUUGUGUCGAUAAUAAAGACAGCUGAGAAACAGCUUUCAGAUGGCAUAGCCCCCCAACUUCAAGGUGUCCGGGAGGAAAAUGGUCCUGUCCAGUUGUGGAUUUCACACCGCAGGUGAUCAUGUUUGCUGCUGGUGCCACCCAGCCUUCGAUCCUCCACAUUUUGGGUGCUUCAGCUAAUACAUGAUUGCUCGUGGUCUUUGUAAUCCAUUCACAUUCCUGAGAUUCACCACCUCCCUCUUCCUGAAUGUUCUCUAAAUGUCAUCAGUUUUUUCCUUUCCGUCUGAAAUAAGGUUAUGAUUUUGGAGGCUGAACCCUCAGGGAGUCUUUGUGCCAAUCCCGUGGGCCCUAAACUGUCAGGGAGACUCCAGUCCCACCACCGGGUCUUUAGCUUUUCAAGAUGCAGCUGAUUAUAUUGCUAUAUAGGAAUUGCUGAUAAUACUCCUUUCUAGCCUCAACAUUUGUUUCAGCAGCCUGUCCUUCGCAUCUCUGAAACCCUUCCUUUUUCUCUCGUACGUACGUCUUUUCUGAUGAGUAUCAUCGUGUAGUGGUUGUUUCUCAGCGCCCUCCUCAUCCAUUAUUUCUUCAGUGGAGAAGACUGCAUCAGCCAGCCUAGCGUUUGCUUUUAACCCAUUGUUGCCCUGGGGAUUGGUAGAGUUGUUGCCAGGCUGCAGCCACAGGCGGAGGAAGAGACAGAUGACAGUAGACGACCUCCUGCACUUUCAGCUGGUUGGAGAGUACCACUCCCACUCUGAACAACAUUUGGCCUUCCCUGCAAAGAGUGUACUGUACUGCAAGCAAAGCAGGCACACACAGAUGGCCAUGGAUGGAAUUGUUUGCCAAAGAAAUUGCUGGCCUUUCCCUUCCCCUUAAUCGCAUCAGGGAAGAAUCCUUAUCUCUAGCUUGGUUUCCACAUAAGGUUUUUUGAGGAAGGGGACUGGGACAAGAAAUCUGUCAUGUAGUUAUGUAGACAAGGAAUCUUAUUAAUUCAGUUUUGUUGGAGAGUUGCUUGUCCAUAUGAUUUUUUAAAAGUGAGAUUUAGUUUCACAAAAACUUUUUUUUCUGAAAUUACUUUUGGGGUAAUAUUUAAAAUGAGAGACAUUUUGUAACCCUGUAAAAUACAUAGGGAAUAUAACAUUCCAGUGUACACAAAGAAGACAGAUUCUUUAAUCAAAUAAAGUAUUAUAAAAUGAAUGUUUUUUAGACUGUUGACCCUCAUACUUUGGUGUAUUCUUGCUGAUU